ACCUGCCGGCCCCUCGUCCACCAUAGUUGGCAGUUGGCAUGGCGAUGGGUCAAUAGAAAGCUGCCGUUAUCUGAUUGGUUGAGAAUGUCUGAUACAAUUACCGCGCUCUAGCACCGGCUGGCUGGCUGGCAGGCGCGCUGGCCUUGCGCGCUUCUCUAUUUUUAGCUCCCAUGCGCGCGUGCGCUGGCGGCUAACGAACGUCGUUGCAGGAGGAGCUGGUGGAGGUGCAAGCACAAGAGUUGAUGUGGGGUGGGUGGGGUGGGGUGGGGGAGUGAGGUCGACAUGGCCACUUCAAGCGAAGUAACACACCCGUCCCCUGCAAACAUCCACCCAUGUACCCGUUAUUCGUGUCCGGCACUUACCGUCAUCUGCCGUCCACCACUACCACUACCACCACAACUCGCGACAACCGAAGUGUCCGUAGACUUCGGGUGUCCUCCUCCUCCUCCCCUCCUACACCCUCCCCACACCUUCCACCCAGCCGCCAGCGUGCCAGGGACUUGCCUGCUGCUCUCACCGCUACUUUGACUGACAGUCCUGUCGCGGGGAGCAGGUUGUGCGUGUGUGCGUGCGUGCGUGCGUGUGUGGACGUGCGCGCGGCUGGGAGAGAGAGAGAACACAAGAAGAGCUGGAGAGAGAGAGAGGGAAAGAAAACGCGCGAGAGUGGGAGAGCCACGCGCGCGCACACACACAUACAGAGGCAGUCUCUUGAGACAAUACCAGCGCUUGCUGCCUCCGCCUGCCGUGCGCCUGCCGCAUACGCACACACACACAGCACUGGCAGCAGUCGAGGAGGAGACAGUAAGCUCGCCGCCUGGAGGGCCCCUUUACUCUCUCUCUCCUCCUGCUGCUGUAGUCCGCAGCGGCCAUCCAUCCGUCAGUGCUCUGCAGUCACCCACCCAUGACGGAGCGUCGCCCUGGCCUCGUCUCUACCGCCACCAUCGCCACCACCACCACCAUCCCGACAACCGCCGCCUUCACGCCCGACCGGUUCGUCGCCAGUCAGUUCCGUUUCAUUCCUGUAGGGCGGUGAAGCGUGACCAGCACCACCGAGUGGAUACAAUAAGUAUAAACAAGAGUGUGCCGGCAUCUUGACCAGGGAGAGAGAGCGAGAGGUGAAGGAGGAGGAAGAGGAGAAGCGGGUCAGAACAAAAGGCAUCGAGUUUUUUUUUUUUUUUUUAGGGAGGGGGAAUCCCCGAAAACGUGAACGACCCUGGUGUGUGUCGCAGAGGGGGAAGGGUCGCCGCGUUGUGUGCCGCCUGACUGGGUGCUGCUGCUGCUAGUGGUGGUGCUGCCACGCCACCCCGGGUGCGCGCGUGUGUGAGGAGAAGGAGAGAGAGAGAUCAGAUACGACAGGUGUGCUCAGGUGUGUGUUCGGAGACGUGCGUCGUGGUGUGCGCCGGCGCGGAACAGGUGUUUCUGUUUGUUGUUUUUUUUUUUUUUUUAAUGAUGGAUCUACCUCACAGGCAGCACGUGGUCGUGCUGCUGCUGCUGCUAGUGGAGUACCUGAGCAGCCUGGCGUUGGCGUCGUCAUGGGAACACAUCUCAUUGCGCUAUGGCACGUGGUACACGCCGCCCAAAACACCCAAGGAAGCGGAGGAAAACGGAUACCGACUUGUAAACAAGAUCUGUAAAAUGAAGACGUACCACGGCUUCCUGUACAUCAAGGGAGGCAACAAUAAAUCACGACUUCUCUUCGACUUGAAUGACAACCUAGCGGGAAUCCAAACGGCGAUCCCGGGCAACAUGUACGGUUUCAACUCACGCAACGAAACCAUUCAGCUGCCACCACGGGAGGUCAUGCCCCCCAUUCUUCGCAGCGACGACCUCGACGUCCAAGGCAUCCAGAUGUUUACUAUAACAGCAUAUUUCAAGCAUCCCAAGCUCAUCUGCAGUCCCAUCGCCGUCAACGCCCACCCGGGGAAAGGUCUGUACAUACAGCGGGGCUACGAUGUGGAGCACGACUAUGAAAAGAUCCCCAUGGAAUCCAAACACCUGUCUUCAGAAUGGAAGAAAGGCAGCUGCCGUCCACAGAUGGGGGUGCACUACUUCAAGAAGCUGUCACGUGAGAUGCCCUGUGAGCUGCUGUACCCGGUAUUCCUGAUGUACAACCAGGAUGGCCUGCUGGGCGCCUUCGGGUGGCUCUUCCAGGGAUCGCCCCACUUCUACGCCUACGACGACGAGCUGAGCUGGUUCCGGCUGACCGAGUCCACCUACCCGUUCAUCUUCGACGAGACGAUGCUGCCAAGCUGCAUGUUCAACCCCCAGUUCCGCGUCUUCGGCCUCAGCAUCUACCUGCGCAACAAGGACACCAUGAUCUGCCCGAUCAUUACCCAGACACCAGCGCCCAUCCCCUCCACCACCACCACCACGACCACCUCCGCCGCCAGCUACCCGUUCUUGACUCGCCGGCCCCAGGCGCCGCCGCCGAGCCCGCAGCUGACCAGCAAGCCGCCAUCGUACGACGACACCAUCAUCUUGGACGAGGAGAUUCGCAAGCAGUCGGAGAGCGCCGCCACGGUGCAGCGACCUGACUACUGGCUCGUAUGCCUGUGGGCGGCGGUCGUCGGGGCCCUGGUGUGGCUGUGUAUACCAGACCUUGUGCAAGUGCGGACAGACACAUAGCGAAUGGUUGUGGAACCGAACUGGCAUCUCUGGGUUGAAAUACCGAAACUGUACCAUGUUUAGCUCCUCUCUCUCUCGUUCUCUCUCGUUCUCUUCCUCUUCACUGCAGUGUGUGCCAUGCUCCCUUGUUACGUCAUCACUGUAUGUGUAUAGUACCCGUGUUCACAGAGUCUAUGAAAGAUGAAAGCUUUAAUUGUCGGUGACGUCUGAAAUAUUCGUCGACGAUGCAUCCUCACGUCAGCUGACAACUUGUUCACCGGGUAUCUGAGCCGAUUUUCUUAUCAUUAUUAUCAUGAUUAUUUCUUUUGUUGGGAGGAGGGACCUAGGUGGUACACCUGUAGCACCGUCAUCUCCAAACUAGACGCUGAUACGAAAGUACACACAAACGAACACUGACUGAGAGUGCCUCUAAGCAGACACACCGAGGACAGGAUCUGAAUACUACUUCCUCUCACCAAGUGGAAAAAAAAAAUCAUCGGAUUCUAUCCGUGAGCUUUCAAAAAUGUGUUUCAGGCAUAAUGUUACGGUUUUGCCGAGGGCGCUGCAAGCAGCGGAGGUCAGAACCUGGCGACCCAGCAACCCUCGGCUCUACCAUCUUGUUUCUGUCGGGUGGGAAAUGAUUAGCGUAAACAUUGAGCGCUGCUGCACGCUUGCAUGUGCUUGACACAAUGCCCUCCAACCCAGUGUAGCUUAGCAAGACAUCGUCCAAAGCAAUUAAUGAUCCUUUUUGGCGGAAGACUUUUUUCUACUGCUGGAGCGAGGCUGAGCGAGUCGCUGGGAUAGAAGGGAGCAGUUAAAACGAGGGUUUCCUGGAUGGUGUGUCAACAUGUCCCUGGCGUGGGUCACGUGACACAAAGGCAGUUAUUUACAAUUCUGAUUUUUUUUCUCAUUCUUCACAUACACAGACAUUCGUAUGACAUUGCGAGUCCCUCUCUCAGUACCCUUGCGACUCAAACAUUAACUUCUCUAUCCAUAGAAUUCUCUUGUCACGUGUCACUCUAUAGCCAAUCAGAUAUGGUUUUGUUGAUGCGCACUGAAUUAGGGGUAGAAGUCUCCACUCUACAAGUCUCUGUUAUUGCGAGUAAGCAUAUUCAACUCAAUAUAUAUCUUUUUCACUCACACAAACAAAAUUUUGAGUACGUGAUUGACCACCCGGGGUGGGGUGGGCGGGAUGCCGACAUUCUAUUCUAUCACAUCUGAAGUUACUCAGCGAUAACCAUUCUUUAUGAGCCUUGUGUGUUGUGCAGGAUGUGACUACCUCUAGGCUACAUACACUAAGUUGUCUUCAUUUUCACAAGAAAGCUGACAGCUAUACAUUGUGUCAAGUCCGUCAGCAGCUGGUGUUCCAACAUCUCCAGUUCUUAUAAACUCCUCCCCUUCUUCACUUUAAUAGUUUUCUUGAAACCGCAAAAUCCAAAUCACAAUCACUUUUUAGAAUAGGAAGCCCCAUGAAUUGUGUGCCUGUCCUGAAUAAUUAAGGAGAGUUUCGAUCUGAUAGUCUUUCAGCGAGGAUACAAAAAUAUCUUUUUUUUCGCCAAGCACAAUAUUGUCUGUUGUUAGCAACAUGACAGCUACACCUGCCAAAAGUAAUGUAUCGCUGAAAACGAGGCUGAGACGUCGUUGCUUUAUUGUCAUGUAAACUGAAUGUCAAUGGUUGGAACCUCACACGCUAUCAGCAAAUGUCACAUUGUUCACACACACCAUACAAUAUGAUUUUAAAUAACAAUAUGAUUUUUAAUAUCCUAACUGCGGCAGUUGUCCUUUCUGAAAUUUUGUGACACUCAGAUCCCACAAAACGUUGUGCUGUUAACUGACAAAGUCAUUCAGCUUCUGAACUUAAUUUUUUUUUAAACUGAUGACUUUGCAGAAUAAACAUAUCAACCUUUAUCAGCUCUAUGGUGCCCAGUAUGAUUCAUACUUAGACGAAAAAGGGGAGGUAUGCAUACUCGAACGAAUACAUUACAUUUAUUAUCACUGGAUUUUUUUUUUCUUUCUUUCGGUUUGUUUUUAUGUUCACGAAAACCAUCCGCUACCGUAGUUUUCAAAUCACGUCAAAUGCCUUUACCAUGUCUAAACACGUAUGCAAGCAAUGAAUAGAAAUAACAUUGGCAGUUGCAAGCAUUUUGCGGGCCAGCUGCAGAACAUGUUUCAUUUAAAAUGAUGUUUUGUGCACAUUUGUAAGGUUAAUACUGCACUGUGCACACUUCUUACAUGACUUGUCCAAGGUGAUGCUUGACGCGCUUGUCUGAGGAUUUCAACCCAUAGAUGCCUUCAGCCAACCACACCACCGGGGAAAAUGUCGUUCAUGAUUUGUGAUAUAUUUUCUCUUUGACUUUAUUUUACAGAGAAAUGCCUUACAUGUUCGUUUUAAAUAUGAGAUGAAUUCCUGCUGGCUUCAGUUUUCGGUAUAGCCGUGUGUUCGAUCACUUUGAGUAACAGAAGAAAAAAAAAUAGUUGUUAAACGAUUUGUGAUGUUUGCUGACGUCAUCUGCAGCACAUACACGCGCACACACAUACACAAACACACUUACAAACACAUCACACAACAUAUUGACAGUCGCUUUUUGUGCAGAUGACUUGUUGACAACAUUUGCUAAAAAAAAAAAUUGAUGUUGACUGCUCUUACAUUGCAUGCUAGAGUGAUGUUGGCGGAUUUUCCCAUGUUAUGUCAUGAUUAUGUUUUCAUAGUCCUUCCCUCCUUCCCCACAUGCUUGGAAGCUCCACAUCACUGAUGGAAGCACAGUUCAUGAAGCACAUACCCGUUGACAAUGUGGUGAGGGGGGAGGGACAGGAGGCAACCGGCAGUGUGUCGUCUGGCUGCAAGGGAAAGUCAGCAUAGCAAUGCCAGCAAGGACAUUCUCCUCUUUCUUUUCUUCGUUUUGUCAUCAUAUGCUUUGAAGCAGGUAAGACAGGUACCACUGUCACUGCGCUGGUCACCAUGUAUAGUCCCGACUUUUUUCUUCUGUUUUUUUUUUUUUUUAAAUCACUGACCUCGGUGUGUGAAGACGUUGAUGUGAGUGUUCAUAGAUUCCUUGGGAUCCAGAAGGACGUCCAACGCCGGCGUCUGGGAUUACGAACUUUGUCCACAGUGCAAGGAGACCACGUGCUGCCACCACCCUGUGUUUGUUGAAAGUGACUACAGACGAGAUUUCUCUCACUCACCAUCAUCAGGGUGUGUGAGCUCUCUGUGUGUGAGUGUGUUGCUGCAAAGUCGUGCUGCUAUUGUUUACGACUACCACCGACAGGACGCAGUCAGUCGUCGGACAGCAGAGGUCGUCGUCAGCUCCAUCGUCAUCACUGUCAUCAUGCCUUCGUUAUUUUUAUUUACACCUACAUUGUAGUGGGUAAGUGGACUACUGGUGUACAGAUCUGCACGUGACAGGCGGAGGCAUGGGACACUCUGGAGGAGUGAGGGCUGGAGGGGGUUAGCGAGGUGACUGUGGUUUGUUUGAACUGAAUGUUUGCAUUUUUCGAUGUACGAUGCUUUAACAUUUGUAUUAUUGGAAUGUGACAUGUAUAGAACGACAAUGAACCUUAUCGUGAAGAUGAUGGGUAUCCGUUUGUAUAUAUACAUAUAAAAUGCAGUUCAUCUGUCCAUAUUUGCAGUUAAAAUGGAGACUAUUGUACAUGGCGGGGGUUGGGUGAGGGCUGGGGUGGUGAGAGAGAACCCUAACCACAAAGAAGUGUGGGUGUGCGCGCGAAUGUUUUUGUGUGUGUGGGUGUGUGUGUGUGAUGAGAUGUUCCACCCCGAAGACUGAACACAGAAACAGUUCCGGCGAAAUCCGAGUCCAACCCUGAUGUGCCCUUCGCAUCGUAUUUACAGCCACCCUGCUGUCUGCAGUCGCUCACGAGCUUCAACUGUUUGGCUCAAAGCAACUUUCUGUCAAAGUAUUUUCUUUUUUGUUUCAAAAAAAAACCGUUACGUCGAACGCAAAUGAUGAAAGCAAAGACUCCUCGGGGCGGACAGGUCUUGUAACUGAUAAUCUUGUACAGCUAGCACCGUCUAGACACGCAUCAACUCCUCUCAUAUCUAUAGCAGGCGUGUACAGAAUGUUUCUGUCUUGUCGUGGAGCCGUCGGAGAAGAUGGACACCGUCUGCUGAAGAAAGCCCGAGACUUAAACUAAGACCGGUUGCAUGCAGCUAGUCUCCAAGACUCGACAACUCGCCGGGGAGUGGGAAGGUGGGAGAUGGGUUGACUCCCUUCCCCCCCUCUGCCUGACAUUCCCCACCCACCUUAUUCCCUUCCCCUUCUCCUCAUUCCAAACAUCUGCGAGUGUCCGGUUGGUGAAGAUUGUCAAGCAGCGGAGAGGAGGAGGAGCUCAGGUAGACUCGAGAGUGCCCACACACCGCUGAUGGGGGGCCUGCGAACAUCAAAGGACAUGCCGGCAGUCGGAGUUUCCGGCUCGCUAAUGCGCUCUUUGCCGAGCGUGCCUACCUCCUGCUUUUCCCCCGCGCUCUGGAAUAUCUGAAUAUCGGAGAAAACGGCCAAAGUGCCUCGAUCUGCGAAUAAUGACCUCAGCGCGGUCCUCUUCGUUAGGCCAGCUCUCCCGCCUUUAAUGACUACUCCCCCUCUCCGCCUCUCGUUGUCUGCGUCUUCAGGAGGUUCUUCAUCGUCCCGUUACCUGGAGACGACACGAGUCGGCGCCGCCGUCGCUCUCUCUCACCUGCGCGGUCCCUCCCACCCGAUCAGUUUGUCUGUUGCAAACAAGUUGCGGCGCUGUUGUUUUCCUCCGACCUCUGGACACUCAGUCAUGACCAAACACAAAGGGGAAACCCCUUCUUUCAUCUGCUAUCAUGAAGAAAUGUGUAAAUAUUCUUUUGUCGGCAACAACGGAGUCGGACUGAAGCUACUUGAAUAUGUUUAACUAACCGAUCUCCAAAUGCUCCUUGGAAGCACGAUUUAUUAAUAUUUGCUCCCCCACCCCUUGAGAUAAACACACAGUAUCCAUGUUGUUCAAAAUGGCGGCGUGGUGUUUACCGGUGAGUUGGCUGCACAGCUCGUGCAGCUUGUAGUACACGCAACACACGGCUACACCAGAUGCACUGCUUGCUCUUCUAUCCUCAGGCAGUAAUCGCCAAUUAUGAAAAUAAUGUCUGGCACUAAACUCAAAAGAACCGUUGUGUGUCCUGUGGGUUGUCUACACAAGCCAGACUGAUGAACAGAUAAACCGAGAGCGUAUUUCAAACUGAAGUAAUAAACUUGUUCUUACGACUGCUUUACUGUUGUCAUACAGGUGAUUCUAAUAAAGCCAUCUACCCUUGCUGACAGUUCCCCUACCCUCCUCUCCCCCAGUUCGAUGGCACCGUCAGCCAAGCGUGUAGUUAUUCAUGGUUAAACAAAUCUGUUUUGUCCCUCCUGCUCCUCCCAAUGCUCGCGCUGCACACGGUGGUGAGCACAACUCCAGGGCAGAUCAGCGAACUGCUAUUAAUCGCAAUUAUUCCUGAUUAUAGGGAAGAUGUUGCCCAGAAGAUGAUGCCGGAGGGGAGGUGAAACCUCUACCGAGCCUUUCUUGAGGUCGCAACAUGGCGACGAGCACGUGGACACAGGUCGCGAGCUGCGCCGUUGCUGACGUUCGUCAAGCACUCCACCGCGUUAUCUCGUCUCCGCAGCGAGAAACCACGAGACUCGGCAUCCCGGUGCUCCAAGGCGAUGCCAUAAAAACCAAUAAAAACCAAACCAGAAUAAAAACCUUCAAAAGAACUGUCAGUGGUACUGUUGCAGCCUGUUCGUGGUUCAUCCGCCCGUAUUCCUCCGCCUGCUUUAUUUCCGGUCUUUUUGUUUGGUUUUUUUUUUUUGGAAACCUGCGCUGCUACUAUCUGCUUUGUUGUGAUUACAGCAACUAAUUACCAAGCAUUUAUGUUAGUUUUUUCUGUGUUGAAGUUGUUUCAGUGGCUGUGAACUUUCGAAGUCGAGCUUCAUUCUAUCGCGGCUAGCAGACUAUACAGUCCUGUGUCUAAGGUUUCGGUCAAAGGUGGUUGCCUGCCUACGCACAGGACAUGGUAGAUGAGUAUAUAUACAAGAGAAUGUAGAUGAGUAGAUACAAAAGAGAAUGUGGAUGUGGGAGACGAACACUGUGCGGUACUGGAAUUUAAGCUCGCCUUAGGUCGUACAGGUGCAAAUAAACAACAACAACCUGUCCCGUGAUGUGCUGCAUGCACGGAACCUCGCAUUUAGAAUUAUAUUUGUAACAUCUUCAUUUUAUAGAAUCUCAUUAGCAUAACACAACAACUCGUCUAUAAAAGAAGCGAACCAAGAAAAGAAAAACUAGAACAUUCUACAGACCUUCACCUCGAACUCACAGGGGUCAACAUCUUACAACAGUCUGUGGAUUCAGUUGGAGAGACGAGACAAAAUGGAGGAUUUCUCUCUCACAUUGUUUCUUUCGAACGACGACCGCAGUUAGGAAAAGAGGGUAAAAAAAAAAAAAAAGGAAUAGGAGUACGAAGGGCGGAGGAGGUAGGGGGAGAAGGGUUCUCGAGUGUAAUUACUGAAUAUCGAGCAACAGUCUGAAAGCUCCAUUCCCAGAAACGUUCGGGGUAGCGGGAAAUAAUUGGACGUUCUCAACAAAUUGUAAAAAUUAACUUUCCGAAGAGCAGAUGAAGUGCUCUAUUGUUUGGAUUAUCACGAAUUAUUUAUUUCUUUUAUUUCUCGCUCAGUACAUUUUUUUGCCGGCUCCUGCUCUUUUAUCUUUUCCGGCCUCCACAAACAAUUACCGCAGACCAACACAGAAGACAGAACGAGCAAACUUUUUUUAAUCAGGCUUGUCAAAAGAAACUUAUUUCGAACACCUGCAUAAUGCCACCCAAGGGGAUGUUGCUAUGCGACAACUUUGUGGGUUUGUCGGUAUGUGUAUUACUUGUUUAUUUCACACCUCUCUAAUGAGAUUGGUAAGAGCUUUCUCACACACACUGUAGCCGGGUGUACGCAUGAGAGACAGAGGAAAAAAAAUUCCUCUAAUCUUCACAAACCUCGUGUGUGUGUGUGAGUCUCUAUCCGCGCUUAAGAAUAAAAAUGUUGUCUACUGACCAUAGGGCAAAACAGGAUGUGUGUCAGGGGGAAAAAUGUCAGAAGGAGGGCGCCCAGUCUCCUGUCACUAUUCUCCUGGCACAAUUGUUAAGCUGGAGUACGCAGCUCAUAGUUCCAUACAAGCGAUGCUGAGCUGUGCUCACCGAUGUCAACCUGUCAUCUGCGGCACCCCCGCGCAAGUGCUCCGCUAAUGGCCGUUCUCUGUACCCCGCUAUCUGAGGACAAUGACCGCGGAUACUUCUAGGGUGUCAUCGUUACCACCCCUCGCUACGACCUCUCGGCACAUCUCGUUCUCGCACAGCAGACUGCGAGACCGAGACACAGCGAGACCGAGACACGGCGCUUCACGUUUUUAUGGGAUGCAGGAGAGAAUCACGUAGUGUUGUUUUUCUUGGAGACGUAGACUUUCCUGCAGUUGGUAGAAAAAUGUAUGUCUCCUGUGUGACGGCAGUUCAUCCCCACCCCUGCCCCUAAAAAACCUUGGCAACCCUGCUUUACACGAAGGAUGUUGGGUGGCCAUGUUGUUUCUAUCAUAAUUCACAUGAUCAUAGCGACCACCCACCCACACACCACACCACACCCCAAAAAACAGGGGUGAGGAAACUAUGGUGUUAUCUUUAGCAUACAACACGUUUACUCUCUGGUGUACACGUGUCUUCUCCCCGACCCCACCCCAGGCAGAGUUAUGGUCGUGAGGCUGGGAGUGUUUGUCUGAAGUGUAAGUGCCAUGGCUACUUAUCAUUCCUUUUACGCUUGUACAAAUGAAGACUGACUACUGUUGUGAUGUGCUAAGCAGAAUGAAGAUGAUGACAAUAAACUGUAGUGGCAAGAUACGCGUGUUUCAUGUACAUGCAUGUUUCAUAUCGUCCAUUGUUUGUUGUCCUCCACCUGGCUUUCACACUGUAGGAAACAACAGCCGUCAAGAGGUGCUCGGCAUGGCUGAGCAUAUCAAUGAUUCACAACAAACGGAACUAAACAAUCUCUUGUCGAAAUGUCCCCACCGCUCGGAAAGCACAGAACAGAGGAUGGCCUGGCAGCAGACUGUAGCCGGACAAUGGUCAAUGUUCUGUUGAUACAUUUAGUAGACUUUCAUUCUAGAACCAUUCAGCUGUAAGUCUCUCCCUCUCCCUCCUCUCAUCGAUUUUAAUUUAGUAUCGGUAGUGACAAUCAAAAUCCGAUCGAGAGACACACAAUCAAGGAAUUUUGAAAAGGGAGGUUUAAAGUAAAAAUACGUGGAAAAAAAAUCGUUGUCGUCGUCAUCAUCAUCAUCAUCAUCAUCACAGACUUCUUACUCAAGAUUUCAAUUAAAUUGUUACACAGCAACAAACCAGUUCUUCCCAUCACAGACAUCAACGGACUCCACAGGAAUACCAGUUGUGAGUGGCGUGAGCUGCACUUCACCCGCUGACCUCACCCCCGCCCCACAGCCCCACUUCUCUAGGGAGUCUCGCGGGAGACUUUCUGUAGGAGACCAGGGUGAUACCGGUGCGACCUGCGUGAGUUCUCCACCAGUUCUUGCCUGCAGCAAACCGUAGAAAUAACCGACACGGUGCUGACGAUGCAAUAACCUUCCGUCACUUGCCGCCAUUUGUCAGACGCGGAAGAAGACGCAUCGAGGCGUUCAGCGGGGUCGCGACCCCGCCAGCUGUAAACAACAGCUCAGAAAACAAAAACAAGCAAACAUGAUGUAUUGCUCCCAUCUGAGGAUUCUUCCUGCUUUUUGACAGGCUUAUGUCUUUGCCAACACUCGCGUGAAGCGCGCGGCACGACCCGGUUUCCCUCCACCACCUACCCACCCGUUUCUUCCCUCCCUCUCGUUUCAUAUUUAACACCCGGCAAACAAUGGGCCAGGAAGCGCCAAUGCUGCUCUCUGUUUUGGCAGGUGUGAGGAGAGUGUUACGUUCAGUCGCUCCUGUCCCUCGAACACAAAGAACCACGGCAUUCAUCACAUCCGAUUUUACCCCUCCCUCCACACACACCUUCCUCUUUCUUAUCAUUCCUCCUGCCCUUCACUCUCUCCCCCGACGCCAAAAACUUUCAGAAAGAAACAUCGUUCACAGAUAUAAAGGUUGACAGCGCGUAGGUACCCGCUUUCCUUCCCUCCCUUCCCGAACAUUUUUUUUUUUCUGAUUGUGGGGCUGAUGAUCGUUCUCGAAGGUUCUCUGCUCGCCACUUGUGCUUUGUGAUAGCUUCCGUACAGCGAGAAAAGGAAACAAAACGAUGAGACGUGACAUGGAAGACAGGAAGCAAGGCGAAAAAAAGUUUUUCGGAGGUGGGUUUUGGAGGGUGGCGGUUGAAGUAAAGAUAGGUUCGCUUGUAGGAGAAAGAAAGAAAAAAA